AUGUGCAACGCGGACUAUAUCUACUGCUGCCGUUCCCUCCCAUGCACUGGCAAAAGUCCUGUACACGACACCAUCAGCUCACUGAUCAACCAUAGCCGCUUUAUACAAGAAAGUAAGGUCCUUCUACCACAGCAACAACAAAGCUUCUUCUGCAAGUGUAUUCAGUCCUUGCCGACAGCCAUACACUCAUCACCGGACACGUCACACCACCCGUCCUGCGUCAUGCCUUCGCACUACAGCAGGUCACAGUGCCGCUGCGUCGUCUGGACUUUCUAUUACAUACGCUGCGGUCACUAUGUUGAUAACAGCAGCAGUCGUGACUGCACCGCGAGCUCUCACAGCCCUACCGAAAUGGGCUGCGAGGAGCGCGAUGGGUACUGCAUGCAGGCCGACUGCGCUGCAUCAUAUUCAAGCAGAACACGGCCUUGACAUGAUUGCUCUCGCGACACUGCCAACUACCCAAAAACACGCAAGCAAACCAUGUUCAUUGGACUUAUCGACUCUCACCAUCCACUCAACCGCCGGCCUCCGAUGUGCGCAAUUUAGACUAUUUUCUCCGCAAGGCGUCGCAAGACAUCCCAUCCACUACGUCACCAGGCAGUUCUUAGAUUCCUCUCGUAUUUUCUGAUAUUUCCUCGGCUCCGACUAUGAACGUUUUCUUGUUCAGCCAUCACACUCCCUUUUCAUGAUUUCUAGAAGUUAUAUAUCUGCUCUGAAUGGUUUCUUAUCUUGGUUGUUUCUUUUGUUGCCUGUACUUAAGCGCAAGCUACUCGGAUUUUUUUUUUGGAUUUUCUUUUUUUUUUCAUUGUCUAUACUAUUAUAGGCCGUUGUUGCAG